UUCACUUCAUUAGCUUUAGAUCAUUUCUAAUUAUUUAUUGUUUGUAUGAAUCCUCAUAAUCAGGCUCCAUCUGUUUUUCAUUUUAAAUCCUGUCACAUGUGGCUAUAUAGUAGUUACCCUUGUCUUCUUGCUCACAAGGCCAUAGUUUCUGGUGUCCACCGUAAGGGACAGUUACAUUGCAGGCACUCUGACUCCCCCCAUAAUUAGGUUCUUACAUGAGUCUCUAGAGAUAGAUAUGAAACUGUAUGGAGUUAUAAAUGAAUAAUAAAUGACAAAAUGAUGUUGUGUUGAAAGCACAGUGGAGUGGGGUUACCCCCCAUGAAUGCUCGUCACUCCGUUUACCACCUGAGUGUAUUAUGUCGUCACAUUAUUUCACAAGUAUAACUCCUGGAUUAUUUCAUUUGCAGAACAAUGCCAUGCGUGUACACUGGGACCAGUGAGGAAGUGCUGUAUUUACAGCAAGAAAUAAGGGUACAAGAAAAUCACACCCAAAGCUGAGAGAAUGAUGCCCCAGUAACAAGAACUGGGCUCUGAGGGGAGCUGACAGGUUGGACUCCACAGACUAUGGAAGGACCCCAAGAGCGGCCUUAGAAGUGAAGAUGGACGUUUCCAGAGUCCUGUAGCCAUUUGGCGAUGGACACAUGUGGUGUGGACUUGGCUCGGCCAUGCUGACCAUUGACGGCAGAGUGUAAUAUCUAUUUCAUCCACUGGAGGGCAGUUGGGGUUGGGGGGUUGGUGGGUAAAGGGACAAUGUUGUGCCUGGAGGCUGGUGAAAAGCUAAUCAUGUAGCUUUCUCCUACAAAGGGGGCACAGGCCAAUUUAUUUUUCUCAUUUUUUUAAUUCCUUUUGGUUUUGUUGGUUUGGCUCCAUAAUCAGAAGAUGGUACUUUACACGUCGCCCUUCUCCAGCUCCUUCCUAUGUUUCCUGAAUGGCCUGUCAUGGGGAUUUAUUUUCCCCUGCUACUGGCUGCUGGACCGUCUGCUGGCGUCCUUCCUGUCCACCUCCCAGGAGAAGCGGCGCCGCUCUCAGGACCCCUGCUACUUUCUGGCCUUCUGUGUACUGGUGUCCACCCCGCUAUACCUGCUGCUGCUGGUGGCCUCGCUGCCCUUUGCCCUGUUGGGCUUCCUCCUGUGGGUCCCCCUGCAGUCUGCUCGCCAUCCCUACGUCUACAGCUGCAGGCGAGUAAGUGAGGGGCACAUGGAGGCGGCGGAUGGGGUAUGCACGGCUGGGCGGCUGGCAGAGUGGCGAGCCGCGGGCCGGAGCUUCUGCUUCAGCAGCGCCAACGUGUGCCUGCUGCCAGACUCGCUGGCACGCUUCAACAACCUGGCGGGCACGCAGAGGCGGGCACGCGAGGUGGGACGGCGCAUCCGCAACGGCGCCAACCGCCCACAGAUCAAGAUUUACAUUGACUCGCCCACCAACACCUCCAUCAGCGCUGCUUCCUUCAGCAGCCUGGUCCAGCAGGCGGGAGGGGCCUGGCGCCGGACAUCUUCCUUAGACCACCGGCCUGAGAGCAACGGGGAGGCGGAGCUCAAGGAAGCAGGGAGUGGAGCCCAGGGAGAGGAGGCCCAGGGGAUCCCAGAGUGCCCGCUGCACCCCAAUGAGUCCCAGACUGCCCCUGAGUGCCCCCUCCACGCCUCGGGUAAGCAAGGCCCCCCUGAGUGCCCCCUCCAUGCCUCGGGGCAGCAGGGCCCUCCUGAGUGCCCCCUCCAUGCCUCGGGGCAGCAGGAACCCUCUGAGUGCCCCCUCCAUGCCUCGGGGCAGCAGGGCCCCCCUGAGUGCCCCCUCCAUGCCUCGGGGCAGCAGGGCCCCCCUGAGUGCCCCCUCCAUGCCUCGGGGCAGCAGGGCCCCCCUGAGUGCCCCAUCCACCCAUCUGGGGUCCAGAUUAGCAUUAGUGCCCCAGAGCCAGACCCCGAAGAGGCUGAGUCGAAGGGCAACCACCACGCGAGGGAGGGCGAUGCGGGCAGCCUGGAGAGCUGUACAGCGUCGCGGGAGUCGCUGACCCGCUUCCACGUGGCCGACAGCGGUGUGUCCAACAACACGCUCUCCCACCGCACCUCGACGUUCAGGCGGCCCACUGGGCGCAAGCGGCGCCACGCCGACGACGGCUUCGACCAUGAGGUCUCCGCCUUCUUUCCCGCCAACCUGGACUUCCUGUGCCUGCAGGAAGUGUUCGACAGGCGGGCCAUGGCCAAGCUACGGAGACAGCUGCACCGCUACUUCCCCUUCCUUCUGAGCGACGUGGGCCGCUACGGCUGGCGGGGCUGCUGCUCGCGCUUCAAGUUCCUCAACAGCGGCCUGCUGCUGGCCAGCCGCUACCCCAUCCUGGAUGCGCACUACCAGUGUUACCCCAACGGCCGCGGGGAGGACGCCCUGGCUGCCAAGGGGGCACUGUUUGUCAAGGUGCAGGUGGGCACCUCUUCUCAGGGGCAGAGAGUCAUCGGCUAUAUCACUUGCACUCAUCUGCACUCUUUGGAAGGAGAUGCCUCAGUACGCUGUGAACAGCUGGAUUUCCUCCUUGAGUGGGGAGCAGAGUUCCGGAAAGCCACAUCUGGCCCAGCUCAGGAUAAGGGCCUGGAGGACCAGGUGGCUUUCGACGUCAUUCUGGGGGACCUGAACUUCGACAACUGCUCCUCAGAGGACAAGCUGGAGCAGCAGCAUACGCUGUUCACGCAUUACAAGGACCCCUGUCGCACAGGACCAGGCGAGGACAAGUCUUGGGCUCUAGGUACACUGUUGGACACCAGUGGACUGUAUGAUGAGGAAGUGAGCUCACCAGAAGGUCUCCAGAAGGUGAUGGAGAAUGAAGAUUUGAGAAAAGAAUACUUAGUGUAUCCCAUUAGCAAGAACCAGUGUCCCAGGCAGAAGGGCCAAAAGAUUCCGCUGAAAGGCAAUGGAAGGCGGAUCGACUACAUCCUGUACAGUGACGAGGGAUUGCAACCAGACUGGAAAGUGGAUGUGGAGGAGUUCAGCUUCAUCACGCAGUUGGCGGGACUCACGGACCACCUGUCUGUGGCCAUGCGGCUGGCAGUAUCCACUGGGGAGGAGGAGCCAUAUGCAUAGGCCACACCCCCAGGGCUAGCCCUCCCUGACAUCACCACAGAGACAUAUCCAGAGUACAGAGGACUGAGAGCCAGUGUUGGGGGCAAAGGCAGGCUCAGAUGGGCUUCUGUACAUAUCAGCAGGAUCUCCAUGCUAUGAAAGACACGAUCAGCUGACCCCCCCCAAACCCCCCCAAACUGCGUGCCAUUCCUACUGGCAGUAAAGCACGGCCCCUCUGCUCUGGCUAGCGGGGAUGCUGCUGGCUGUAGCUCACAUCUCAUAUCUUCUCCUGUUCCUUCAUGAAUUCCUCUCUUCUUUUAAAAAGCACUUAAAUACGGACAUAUUUCCUGAACUGCAUCACUUUUCCCAAUUAUUUGUAGUUUUAAAGUUUUAAUGGAGUAGCCUGUGUUUUUUAAGCCUGGGCGUGACUGAUCCCGAGACUCCCGUCACCUCCUUCUGUGAGGAGCUGAACCGGCUGCGUUCGCAUGUUUGCCCUCAUGUCUGUGAGGAGGUGUGUGCUUCUUCUCUCUCAAACCCAGAUUCUGGCUCAGCCCUGACCCCGUCCUCAAAUAACCUUAACAGAAGUGUCUUUUUUCUAAAGUCUUUCUAAAGGUUUCUACUGCCACUUUGCCAUCUUUCUAGAAUGUUUCUAUAAACAGGCACUAUAUGAAGGCAUUAUUAUAUACACACUUAGUGGAAUGCUGCAUGCUGGGAUCAUUCCAAAGAGGCAGAGCCAUAAUUUUGAAGCAUCUGGUUGGCUGUUUGCCAGUGUACGUUUCCACAGGAUUGGUGGAGAGUUGCAGUGGAUUGUCAUGGAGGAAGCAUUUAUAUCUCUGGUAUGGCGCUGACCCUUAAAAUGGGUCUCUUCAUGCAAGGGAGCCAUUUUCCUGGUCAACAUUCAGGUCUCUAUGUUGACAUGCAUGUCCUUUCCACGAUGCUGCCAUGCCCCCCCGACAUAGGACCGACCACACCAGUGUUAUCACACCCAUUUCCUGUCCUGAUCUCUCUGGUGACACCUGAGAAGAAGCUGCCCUCCUGCCCACUGCUGAUGCAGUAUUAAUGCUGUGGUCACUUCAGACCAAACAGGAGCGAAUGUUUACAUGCCAUAUAACUGUCAUAUAUAUCAGGCCACAAUGAUAAAUUUAAUACGAUGAUCCCCCACUUGGGACUUUUUGUCACAUUUGAACAUCAGUUUUUUUAUUGAAAUUGCCUCUAUUAUUAUUAUUAUUAUUAUUAUUAUUAUUAUUAUUAUUAUUAGUGUUGAUGUUGUUGUUGUUGUUGUUACUGUUGCUGUUGGUGUUGUAGGUAACAGGCAUCACGUUUACCACAAGUCCCCAGAAUGAGGUGUUCCCCAGGACCUGCUCCUCUGUUGGGGGGGGGGUGGGGAUUUUGUGGGGUUCUUCUGCACAGCCCUGACACCCAGCUGGUCCCACCUAAGGGCCAAUCUGGGCACAGGGCAGGGGUGCGGCCUGCUUCAGGGCGAGCCCGUCCCCUGAAUGGCUGUAGUUGCAUGCUUCUAGUCCCUGCCGCAUCGCCCGCCUCACAUCCCCCUUUUAUUUUCCUUGCUGUUAAUUUAUUUUUCAUUAUUUUAUUUUUGUGGCGAUAGAGAGCCAUCGAUUCGCGCCGUUUCUGAAUCAGGUGGUGGAAAAGCUUUACUCUCUCUUCUAAUGCUUGUCUCACACUCAUACAUUCUGCUUUUUUAAAAAAAAAAAUAUUCCCUCCUAA